GCGCGGUCAGCCCGGGGCCCCGCCUGCGCGGCCCGGGCGGCGGCGCCCAGGGACGCUGGGGGCCCGCUCGCGCCCGCCGUCGCCUCCGCCACUCGGUUACCUCGAUCCUCCGUCUCUGUCGCUUCCCACUUCCCUCACUCCUUAAUCUGGAUGGGAAGUUGGGGAAAAUGGACAGGGUCUUGCUGGCGUGGGUUGCUCUCUUCUGGCUAACAGCCAUAGCUGGAGGCCUUCAGGUCACAGUGCCCGACAAGAAGAAGGUGGCCAUGCUCUUCCAGCCCACUGUGCUUCGCUGCCACUUCUCCACGUCCUCCCAUCAGCCUGCAGUCGUGCAGUGGAAAUUCAAGUCCUACUGCCAGGAUCGCAUGGGGGAAUCCUUGGGCAUGUCUUCUCCCCGGGCCCAAUCUCUCAGCAAAAGAAACCUGGAAUGGGACCCCUACUUGGAUUGUUUAGACAGUAGGAGGACUGUUCGAGUGGUAGCUUCCAAACAGGGCUCGACCGUGACCCUGGGAGAUUUCUACAGGGGCAGAGAGAUCACAAUUGUUCAUGAUGCAGAUCUUCAAAUUGGAAAACUCAUGUGGGGAGACAGCGGACUCUAUUACUGUAUCAUCACCACCCCUGAUGACCUGGAGGGCAAGAACGAGGACUCGGUGGAACUGCUGGUGUUGGGCAGGACAGGGCUGCUUGCUGAUCUCUUGCCCAGUUUUGCUGUGGAGAUUAUGCCAGAGUGGGUGUUUGUUGGCCUGGUGACCCUGGGAGUCUUCCUCUUCUUCGUCCUGGUGGGGAUCUGCUGGUGCCAGUGCUGUCCUCACAGCUGCUGUUGCUACAUCCGCUGCCCAUGUUGCCCAGAUUCCUGCUGCUGCCCGCAGGCCUUGUAUGAAGCAGGGAAAGCAGCAAAGGCCGGGUACCCUCCCUCUGUCUCCGGUGUCCCCGGCCCUUACUCCAUCCCCUCUGUCCCCUUGGGAGGAGCCCCCGCAUCUGGCGUGCUGAUGGACAAGCCGCAUCCACCUCCCCUGGCACCAAGUGACUCCACUGGAGGAAGCCACAGUGUUCGCAAAGGUUACCGGAUCCAAGCUGACAAAGAGAGAGACUCCAUGAAGGUCCUAUACUAUGUCGAGAAGGAGCUGGCUCAGUUUGAUCCAGCCAGAAGGAUGAGAGGCAGAUAUAACAACACCAUCUCGGAACUCAGCUCCCUGCAUGAGGAAGACAGCAGUUUCCGCCAGUCUUACCAUCAGAUGCGAAGCAAACAGUUCCCUGUGUCUGGGGACUUGGAAAGCAAUCCUGACUACUGGUCAGGUGUCAUGCGAGGCAGCAGCGGGACAAGCCGGGGGCCCUCGGCCAUGGAGUAUAACAAAGAGGAUCUGGAGAGCUUCAGGCACAGCCAGCAGCGCUCCAAAUCCGAGAUGCUGUCGCGGAAGAACUUCGCCACCGGGAUACCGGCCGUCUCCAUGGACGAGCUGGCGGCCUUCGCUGACUCUUACGGCCCGCGGUCCCGCAGGGCGGACGGCAACAACCACGAGGCCCGGGGCGGGAGCCGCUUCGAGCGCUCAGAGGCGCGGGCGCACGGGGGCUUCUACCAGGACGGCUCGCUGGAAGAGUACUACGGACAGCGGAGCCGCAGCCGGGAGCCCCUGACCGACGCGGACCGCGGCUGGUCCUACAGCCCCCCGCGCCGGCGGCCGCCCGACGACGCACACCUGCCCCGCCUGGUAAGCCGCACGCCGGGCGCCGCCCCCAAGUACGACCACUCGUUCCGGGGCGCCGGGGUGGAGCGGCAGGCGCUGCCUGAGGGCGCCAGCCGCGGCGGCAGCCUCGAGACACCGUCCAAGCUGAGCGCGCAGCUCGGCCCGCGCAGCGCCUCCUACUACGCCUGGUCGCCGCCGUCCACCUACAAGGAGGGAACGCCGCAGGGCGAAGAGGAGGACGCGCCCGACGACGCGCUGCCUCCCUACAGCGAGCGCGAGCUCAGCCGGGGCCCGUCCUACCGCGGCCGUGACCUGCCCUACCACAGCAACUCGGAGAAGAGGAGGAAGAAGGAACCCGCCAAGAAGACGAGUGACUUUCCAACCAGGAUGUCCCUUGUGGUCUGAUGUUUGUUUUCAAGACAACUCUCUGGAUGACUAGAAAUCAGAAGCAGAAAACGGGAACAAGACACAAAUCCAAGAAGCAGCAGGCCCGGGACCUUCUCUGGCCACCACCUUGGAAGAUUUGCUGAUCUUUGCUUUGGCAGGGGAUGGGGGGCAGCCUUUCAGGGAGGCUGAUUGCAAACCUCAGUGCCCAUCUAACUAGUCUGAGAAACUUAUCAAGAAAACAACUACGUGUGAGCACAUUCCCACACAUGGAGUUUCUCACCCACAGAGUUCAUCCUGCCCAAUCUCCUUCCUUAGCCAAACCAGGAUUCCUUUUCUAAUUCUAAAAGGGAGUUAGCUCUGGACUGCUAACUUCCAGAUAAUGCCUAUGCCUACAGUCUGCUUUUCUAUACCUCCUGUGCUGUGCUUAGAGACAGAAUUGAUUACUACUAUUAGAAGGAAUUCACUGACAGCGGAAGAUAGCUUCAGACAAAAUAUACCUUUUAGCCCCAUUACCUCCCAGUCACUAGUCAAUGACUGUUGUUACACUGAAAUCAGGCCCGUGGUGAACCCAGUGACAGUGACCUGUGGGACAAUCACAGAAAUGGCUUCAGUGUACUCUUCUGAAUGACAGUUCUUGAGUGGCUGGAACAAAGCAAGAGCUGUCGAAGUGGUACUUCUUCUUCCAUCCUGAGAACAUAAACUGCUUUUUCUCUUUUGGCACAGCAACGUCUGAGUCUUGGACAUCAAGGGCUCUGCCUGUCCUCUCCUCUCCUGGACUCUCCACAGGUUUUGGUGCCACACACAGAGCCCUGCCUCCCUCUGCACUCUGAUUAGGUUGUCAUCAGGUGCCUUUUGAUAAAUGAUUAAAAUAUACACAUGAGGGCUUCCCUGGUGGCUCAGUGGUUGAGAGUCCGCCUGCCGAUGAAGGG